AUGGAGUUGGGGUUAGGAGGCGCCGAAGAGAAAACUCCGGUGACGAAGCAACGCAUGUUCUUCGCGGGAACCAUGGAGAAGGUUAAGGGGAACGCCAUCGGUUCGGUGAAGAUGGUGAAGAAGAUAGGGGAAGAUGAUCCGAGGAGGAUACUCCAUUCCCUAAAAGUGGGUCUGGCCCUCACUGUGGUGUCCCUCUUCUACUACGUCAACCCCCUGUACGAAAGCUUUGGGGUGAACGCUAUGUGGGCUAUACUCACUGUUGUCGUGGUCAUGGAAUAUACAGUGGGUAGGUUGACCAUACAGUGCUUCGGAGAAUGUCCUAGCUGGUCAUCCCUUUCCGUCAAGAAUUGUGGGCUUGGGCUCUCCGAGUCGGUCAUGGGUCGUUAUUUAAUAUUAAAUAUGUUUUUACAGGCGCAACAUUGAGUAAGGGCUUGAACAGAGCCUUCGGGACGUUGGUAGCAGGUGCACUCGGCCUUGGCGCUCACUACCUGGCAGACCUCUCCGGACCCAAAGGAGAGCCCAUCAUUCUUGGCCUGUUGGUUUUCAUCCUGGGUAAGAAAUCACAUACAUAUCCGAUUCACAUUUACAAUUUGGUCUACGGAACGAGUGAUCUGUAUCUUCUCUAAGUUGACUCAGUGAGUUCAUUCUUCCUGGGCAGCUGCGGCAGCGACUUUCUCGCGGUUUAUACCGGAGAUUAAAGCGAGAUUCGACUAUGGGGCCAUGAUAUUCAUACUGACGUUCAGCCUGGUGGCGAUCUCGAGCUACCGUGUGGACGAACUGAUAGCGCUGGCUCACCAGAGGUUGGCCACCAUCGCCAUUGGUGGUGUCACCUGCAUGUUCAUAUCCAUCUUCCUCUUCCCUGUCUGGGCUGGCGAGGAUCUCCACAAGCUGGCCGCUAACAAUCUCGAUAAGCUCGCCGCUUAUUUGGAAGGUACCCCUCGAACAUGAUCCGCACAGGCCAGCUGAUCACAGCAUGAAUCCCAGCGGUCCCCUUGAUUAAAUUAUGUCUAACAGUUCGAGGAACCUUGCAGGACUGGCUGUAGAACACUUUGGGGCGAAGGCGGGGCCUGGUAACGGUCCCGGAGUGGUCACCAAACCCUUCUUACAAGCUCACAAAGCCGUGCUGAAUUCGAAGGUCAUUGAGGAGACAUUGGUGAGCUCAGCACUCUUUCCCAUAUCUACCGAUAUGAUAAAUAGUCGACUGUUAAGGUUGACUUUUUUUCGAGAUAAACCUGCAUAAAUUAAAUACAUUAACCAACAACAUCUGAAAAUUUGGAAAACCAUGAAAAUAUGUUGUGGCUUUGACUGCUAUUCCCCGUUACUCUGGUCAACGGGAAGCCACCUACUGAAAACUGAAGCUGACUCCAACAUAAUUUCGUCAGCCUCGGAAGGCACCAAGCGUGAAAGUCAUCCGAAAGGGGUGGCAACACGUGUAAGGCUUUCGGUUUUGUAUUUGUGCGAUCGUCAUCGGCGCAUUUUUGGGUCCAUAGCCUCACCGGCCACCAUACCUUCAACAGGAAUACAAAUUUAAUUUUAAUAUAGUUAAAGAAGUAUGAAUAGGUCAAUGACGUCCGCGCAUUCAAAGAAUGAAUAUGUGAUUUAGUUCAUUUGUUUUCAGGUCAUUUUGGUCAAUACAACCAGAUCAAUGCUUUAAUAUGUAGUUAACUGACGUGUUCACCAUCGCGCAAAUUCCUUGUAUGCCAAGCUCACGGCCACCUCUCAAUUCCUCGCAGGCAAACCUUGCACGGUGGGAGCCAGGCCACAGCCGUUUCGGGUUCAGGCACCCAUGGAAACAAUACCUCAAGGUCGGCGCCCACGCCCGCCAGUGCGCUUACUACAUCGAGGCACUCAACGCCCACUUCGCAAGAUUAGGGGAACGUCAUGUCUCCCAAGAGAUGCAUGGGGAGAUCCGGAAUGCCUGCAUGGAGAUGUGCUCUGUGUCUGCAAAACUCUUGAAGGAGAUGGCCGCGUGCGUCCGAAAAAAUACCCAACCGUCAGCCCCCGCCCACGGGCACGCGGUGGCCGUCGGGGCCGCCGUAGACGACAUGAAGAACGCGGUAAGAGAGAACGGGGAUGCUCUCGAUGUGAUUCUGGUGGCUCCCGUGGUGUCCCUCCUGUCUGAGAUCGUCACCUGCACGAUGAACGUCGCAAAGUCCGUGGAAGAGCUGGCCCGCCUCGCAGAGUUCCGGAGGAUCGACGAAGUCCAUCACCAUAGAUCGACCGUUCAGCCGAUAACCGAGCCUGAGGACGCUCGUCAUGUGAUCAAUGUCGGAGAGUAA